UACUGUCAGUCAGCUUUCGCUUGCACCAAAAGGAGGCUGUACACUUGGCUCUGUCAGAGAACCCGUUCAAGUGUGAAACCGUGUGACGGGUGCGCUCAACACUCCGUGCGUAAUUUUUACCUGGGCUGGUCGGCGGGGACACUUUAGAAGAAAUGUAGCGCACUUUAACUAACUGACCCAAGGGACAGGACAGGGACCGGGAGCUGCACCGGGAUAUCCCCCCGGGAAUUCGCACUUUCAGUAUGUCAGAUGCAAGCAGUUUUACUCCAAUAUCGCAGGAAAUAUGAAGGGGGCACUUUUGAAGAGUAACAUCAUUCUUUUUAGAAGGGGUGGUUUAACACAAGAAAAACAUACUACAUGGACGUGUACUUUCCUUUUUUAAUUUUUUUUAAAAAGCCUACUGCUACUUCUUUGGAGCAUAUUUACACAAUGGAUUUAACGACUGUGCUUUGUGGACUGUGCUGUGGUUAAAACCGAAAUGUUGUAGGGUGUGCAAUAUUAUGGACUGUUUAACUUGAGUGGCUCAAUAUUUCAACAACAAUUGCGCGAUUAGUUCUGCUCUUCGUCCUAUCACUGCGCACGAGCUUUUCAGAUUGCGCUGACAUGAGACAUAUAGUGAGUGUUUGGAGUAGAUACUUCCAUUCCUCGUGAUUCGUCUUCUGGUGCCAGCGAAUGGGAAAGACCUAGAAAGUGUAUUUUAACACAAACCACAAUUAUGCAUGUUUAGAAUAAAUGUGUGACUGAAUUCUAACAAAGAACUGUGUUAGAAGUUGCUAUCCACUUUUUUUCGAUGGACAGUAACAUGUGACGAGGAAAUAACUUUAUCAAUCUUUUACAUGUCUUCAUCUAGCUUGUGCAUGAAGACAUGGCCCUUGCCUCAGAGUUUCUGCAAGCAAGUUGAAAGCUUCAGCCAGGGAGCACCUCUCUCCCUCGUCUUACAUAUGUUGGAAAUAACAAAUCAGUAUUUGUAUGAAUCUCUCCACUUGUCAAGGGGGAAUAGAGAACUGUCUUCCUUCAUCAUGGAACACCAAAGUCACCUGGCAAGAAGCGGAACGUAAUGGAUUAUUUUAAGUGCUUUGCUGUGUUACGCCUAACCAAACCAGGCAGUGAAAUUGGGGCACACGUGCAUUUCUUCUGAUUAAAAAAAUUUGUGUCGUCAAAGCAAGUCCAUUAAAAGACAAAAACAAUAUAAAAGCCAGUCCAACACCCCCCACACACACCCUCACACACACACACACACACUCACACACCCACACACACUCUCGGCCUCUACAGGAAACCGCUGUCAGACUGCGCUCUUGUUUCUUUGAGUUGCAGAGGGGGCAGAGUGUAGACUGUGUUUCAGGGUCCCGAGGACAUCACCCAGGGACUAGGCCUGACCUGGUUGGAGUAAAGAUAAGGACUCUGAGGCGCUGUGUGUGGAAUACCAAUGACCUCCUAUCAAUGAAGACCACCACAAAAAGUGAAUCAUACGAAGAGGAGAGGAGAGGAGAGGAGAGGUGGUCAACAUGUAGAUGGAACGAAAGUGAAGCACAUGGCAAAAUACACACCUGUUGAUUUGUAGAACAAAAGAAUUAAUUUGAAUUUCAUUUGAAUUCUCAUUAGUUGUGAUCUCAUUAGUUGUAACAAUAAGUGGAGUGUAAAAAAAACAACCAAACACAUCAAAGAGGAUGUUUGGUGAAGAGUGAGCACUGACUCCGUGCACAUUACAUAAGACAGUACAUGAAUAUGUUUAUGUUACAGGGACAAAACUUUCCCUUGAACCAGCUAUGCUUACCCUAUCCUUCUUUUGAGCCAUUGCAAGCGUAGGACAGUUUGAUAAGAUGGAACCAGACAACAGCACGCUGGACCCUUUUCUCCUGAACGGCACGGCCGAGGAGGAGAGCACAGAGGCCCCCUGGGACGAGGCCACUCUCCUGGGGCUGCAGAUCUCGCUGUCGGCGGCGUUGGCGGUGCUCACGCUGGCCACCGUGCUGUCCAACGCCUUCGUCAUCACCACCAUCUACAUGACGCGCAAGCUGCACACGCCGGCCAACUUCCUGAUCGGCUCGCUGGCCGUCACCGACCUGCUGGUGUCCAUUCUGGUCAUGCCCAUCAGCAUCCUGUACACGGUCAGCAGGACGUGGACGCUGGGUCAGAUCAUGUGCGACAUCUGGCUCUCCUCGGACAUCACCUUCUGCACGGCGUCCAUCCUGCACCUGUGCGUGAUCGCGCUGGACCGCUACUGGGCCAUCACCGACGCGCUGGAGUACACCAAGCGCCGGACGACGCGGCGCGCCUCGUUGAUGAUCGCCGUCGUCUGGGUGAUCUCCAUCUCCAUCUCCAUACCGCCGCUCUUCUGGCGGCAGGCCAAAGCGCACGAGGAGCUGCCCGAGUGCAUGGUCAACACCGACCAGAUCUCCUACACGCUCUACUCCACCUUCGGCGCCUUCUACGUGCCCACCGUGCUGCUGGUCAUCCUCUACGGGCGCAUCUACGUCGCGGCGCGCUCGCGCAUCCUCAAGUCGCCGGCCGCCUGUGGCAAGCGCUUCACCACCGCGCAGCUCAUCCAGACGUCGGCCGGCUCCUCGCUCUGCUCCCUCAACUCGGCCUCCAACCAGGAAGGGAAUGUGCACCCCAUGGCCGGGGGGCACGGAGGUGGACUGGGCGGCGGCGGCGGUGGGGGUGGAGCCGGCGGAUCGCCACUCUUCGCCAACAGCGUGAAGGUGAAGCUGGCCGACAGCGUGCUGGAGCGCAAGCGACUGUGCGCCGCCCGCGAGAAGAAGGCCACCAAGACGUUGGGCAUCAUCCUCGGCGCCUUCAUCGUCUGCUGGCUGCCCUUCUUCGUGGGCACGCUGGUCAUGGCCAUCUGCAAGGAGUGCUGGUUCCAUCCGGUGCUCUUCGACGUCUUCACCUGGCUCGGCUACCUGAACUCCCUCAUCAACCCCAUCAUCUACACCAUCUUCAACGACGAGUUCAAGCAGGCCUUCCAGAAACUCAUCAAGUUCAAAACAUGCCAUUAGCGCCCGCUCUCUAAUCAGAAUCACUCUAUGAUUAAAUAAGCUACAAAAGAUGUGUACAUGUUCUACUUGUGAAAAAGAGAAGACACAGUGAUUUUUCAUGCAGAGACCCACUGACCAGCGUGAGGAGUUUAGUGCCAUACAUGUCUUGUGUUCUCUUUGUGAAAUUGUGCAUGUGUGUUCAAGGAUGGAACUGUCUUAGUGUUUUAGGUGUCAUCAUCUGCCUUACCAAAGGGAAAGAGACACUGCUCAAAACUCUGCCAAAUAUGUGCAUAUUCAUGGACAUAAAAGAAAUAAUCUACAAAUAAGUUGGUGUUAUUAGGGUAGAUCACACACCAUGGGGAUAUUACUGAAUGGCUACACUGAACUUUCAACUGAAUGAAGCUGGGACGUCGUGCAUUAUUGGUCCAUUAUGUAAAAUGAAUGGACUCCUAGUCAUGUAAGAGAAUAUAUUAUAGAGUUUUAGUGCAACUGCAUUUUGUGUGUUUUAUGUCCAAUAGCCAGGGUGUGUAUCUGUGUACAGUACCAGCUGCAAUUCACAUUGAAAAGUACAUUCAGAAAAGUUCUGUAAAAUACUUUGGCUCCUCUAUAAAUAUGGUCUAAGAGUCA